AUGGAUGUAAAGCUCAGGCGUAUGAUGCCAAUCACGAGUGUGCUUCUCUCGGAAGGCACGACUUGCUUCAUGUGCCUCCUGAUUCUCAAUGUGAUUGGUCUAGCAGUAUGGAAGAAUGAUUAUUACUCAAAUCCCAUGACGAUGUGGAUCGGAAUAUUCACUGCUAUAAUGACCUGCCGUUUUAUGCUUGAUCUCCGCAGAGCAGCCAACUCGAAGGAUCGGUCGUGCUUCAGCCAGAUGACUACGAUCGCUUUCACGCAGCCCACGGAUUCUUCCACCACCGAUUUCGACACGGACUCUACAGAACUACGGUUAGAUUAA